GUAUAGGCGGGAGUUAGUAGUCCUCACAUUUGCCUGAUCCGGUUCGCCGUCCUAGCUGUCAACCGCAGGCAGUGGUUGACAGACAGAAUAACCUCUUGGUUUCUCCGCGCUUGUGAUCAAACAACACUUGCCACAAUGUUCGAGGAAGCAAGCGAAGUGUUCGACAACAUGUUCAAGUCUUCUUUCCCUCUGACCAUUAUUGUGUUUCUCCCCGCGGUGCUGAUCCUUGUGUCCCCGCUGCCGGCCGAAGCGGCACAUGAGUUCACGGUGUACCGCAUGCAGCAGUACGACCUGCAGGGACAGCCGUACGGUACGAGAAAUGCCAUCCUGAACACCGAGGCUCGUACUGUUGAGGCAGAGGUCCUAAGUCGCCGCUGUGUCAUCAUGCGACUGGCUGACUUCUCUUAUGACAAAUAUCAGAAAGCUCUACGGCAAUCGGCCGGGGCUGUGGUCAUCAUGCUGCCAAAGAACAUGUCUGCUAUGCCUCAAGACAUAGUGCAGCAGUUCAUGGAGCUUGAACCUGAGAUGUUGGCCACUGAGACCAUCGUCCCGGUCUACUUCGCUGUGGAGGACGACGAGCUGUUGUCCAUCUACUUGCAAACGCUGACCUCAUCUUCAUCCCAAGGAGCUUUGUCUGCAGCCGAAGUCUUGCUACAUACGGCCACUGCCAAUGGCUUUCAGAUGGUCACAAGCGGAGCUCAGAGCAAAGCUGUCAGCGACUGGGCCAUCACUAGUCUAGAGGGUCGACUGGCAGGUGUGGGAGGUGAAGACCUGCCAACAAUUGUCGUCGUAGCUCACUACGACUCUUUUGGUGUUGCUCCGUGGUUGUCAUAUGGUGCUGACUCGAACGGCAGUGGAGUGUCCAUGUUACUGGAGCUCGCUCGCCUCUUCUCAAAGCUCUACACCUACAAGAGGACACAUGCUGGCUACAACCUGCUGUUCUUCGUGUCUGGUGGAGGGAAGUUUAACUACCAAGGAACCAAGCGGUGGUUGGAGGACAAUUUGGAUCACACAGACUCUAGUCUUCUUCAGGACAACGUGGCCUUCGUGUUGUGUUUGGACACCCUGGGGAAUGGAGAUUCUUUGCACCUCCAUGUCUCUAAGCCUCCUAAAGAAGGAACACCCCAGUUUUCUUUACUUAAAGAGCUUGAGACGGUCGUAGCGAGUCAGUUCCCCGAAGUGAAGUUCUCAAUGGUUCACAAGAAGAUCAACCUGGCCGACGACAUGCUGGCCUGGGAGCACGAGCGCUUCGGCAUCCGCCGCCUGCCCGCCUUCACACUGUCUCACCUUCCAUCGCACCGCUUGGCUCAGCGCUCCAGCAUCAUGGACGUGCGGUCAGUGUCCCCUUUCGCUCACCACGGAGUGGGAGAGCCCCCUGCUGGGCCUCACGUUGAUGUGAACAAACUGGGCCGGAACACUAAAGUUGUCGCGGAGGCUCUGGCCCGGGUCAUCUACAACCUCACAGAAAAGGGGGCGCCAGGAGACCUGCAGAUCUUUACGGAGCAAAUGCAGGUGCAGGACGAGCACCUGUCAGCAGUGGUGGACUGGCUGACGGCGCAGCCCAGAGCCGCCCAGCUGCUGGACAAAGACAGCAGUGUGGUGUCCACGCUGGAGUAUCACCUCAGCCGCUACCUCAAGGACGUCAAGAAGCACUACGUCAAAGCGGACAAACGGGAUCCAGAGUUUGUCUUCUACGACCAGCUCAAGCAGACCAUGAACGCGUACAGAGUGAAGCCCGCCAUCUUCGACCUGCUGCUGGCUGUCUGCAUCGCCGCCUACCUGGGCGUGAUGUAUCUGGCCAUCCAGAACUUUGGACUUCUCUACAAUGUUGCUCGACGGGUCACUCAACCCAAGAUCAAGACCCACUGAGGUCCUGUUGAGGACCCUGUUUGAAAGCGGAAGCUGCCGUUCCCACCGUGUGUAACCCCCCCCCCUCCAACUAUGAUGUCAGAUCCUGUCCUGCCACCUUUGACCUCAGCACCCAAGCCCUUCACUCACCGCCAGGUUAGGGACUCUUCAGUCCUCCACAAGGUCACUUCAUGUUUUUUUUACCAGUUUAACACCGUCCCACUAUUAAGACUUCGGCAGACACACUUUUGAGUUGAAUAACUGAGCUGAUGGUUCCAACCCUCCUGAUCAGAGGUGGAAUCUGGUGUCAUCCUCGGGUCGCCACUUUGAGAUACACUACUGCUGGUGAUUGUGAUCUGGAGUGUCGCGCCAUCGUUGGCCUCCUCUCAAAAGUAAACAGGAAGUGAUUGUGGGGUAGUGACGUCGACAGAAAGAGCCACUGGAAAUCGACUGAAUCCAUUUGAACUUGAGUCCUUUUUUAAAAUUAAUCGACUAAAAUGUAGGUUUGAAUCGUAGUAAAAGUAGUAAAUCUCGGCUCUUUUUGCCGUGACCUUGUGUGUCUUAAUCCUCUUCAAAUGACCUAACCAUGUGUGUGCAGCGGCAGGACAAGCACACACACACACACUUGUCUAAUCAGACUCCAAAACACCACAUCCUGAUACAACUCCACGUUUACAACUUUUGAUCAGCGUCAGCAUGUUUUGUGACCUUUUGCUGACUGAUUUCCUGAAUAUUCCAAAUGACUUUAAAUUGAGUCUUAAACCACUCCAACCAGUUAACUUUCAUGCGUGCUACUUCCAUGUCUUGCACCCCCCACAAUAUGUUGCCUUUUUUUGUUUUUUUUAACCAUCAAUGAAUCUAUGAAUCUCUAAUUUAUUGAAGCGGUUCUGACUUGUGGACUGGAAACAAGUCUGUUUCAACCACAAAACUUGAUCUUUGCAAAGAAAAUGUGAUGAAAAAUAAAAGACUUCAUAAGAAAAGUUUGUUGUCAUUCUGUUUUAUUUCAUGGGGAAAAGAAAAAGGAAAUACUGUGAACAAAACGGCUUCCUUAAAAAAAAAAAAAAAAAAAAAAAAAAGAGCCAGUACAUUUUCAUCAGGUGGAGUUUAGACACUUUCAACACAUUUGACUGUAAGGAAACCACGGAACACUUCAGUCCCUUUUGCCAGAUUUGAUCUGCUAAAAACAAAUUCGGCGACGAGAGGAGCACGAGGGUCCUCCACUCGUCGACAGCUCCCACAAACACGAUGAUUUUUGGCACAAUCUGAGCGUUUGUUUCCCAGUGAGCAAACAAAAAGUCCAAGCUUGUGGAAAAAUCAUCCUGGUCAAGAAGACGCAGGAGACUCAUCAAAAUCCCCGUGUUUGAACUUGACCCAGAAGCGCUUCAAAGGCAAAAAUAAGUCAAUUUGGGGAUGUUAAAUUAAUUUCUAUUGCACAAAAAUCAACAGACCCGAUUUAAUACUUUUGAAUGUUAAAGAAAAGGA